UUAAGCGAGCAGGAACUUUUGGCCUAUACAUCGAACUUGCAACAGACAAAUACGGCCGGAGAAAAGCAAAAAUAUGCUUUGGAAAUAGCAAAUCGUAUUUUUCUGCAGCGACAGUUUCCCGUCAAGCGAACUUUCGUGAGGUUAAUCCAGUCAAACCAUCGCGGCCAACUGCAGGGAAUCGAUUUCCGACAAAAAGCCGCUGCCAUCCGAACUGUAAAUGGAUGGGUGAGCAAUCAGACGCAUGGCAAGAUCAAGGAUUUGAUAAGUGCCAGCAAUAUCAACUCGAAUACAGUGCUGAUGUUGUUGAAUGCUAUUUACUUCAAAGGCACCUGGAAGAAGCAGUUCAACAGUUCGGAUACUAAGGAAAAGCCGUUUUACGUCACCGCUAAUCAAAGCAUACAGGUGAAAAUGAUGUCAACGAAGAAUAGUGUCCUGUCUUACUCUGACGACAAACUGCGAAUGGUUGGCUUACCGUAUGAAGGCGGGAAUGUGCAUAUGUUUCUAGUACUUCCACGAAAACGAUUCAGUUUGGCUGCCGUUGAGAAAAGCUUAACAGGAAAGAAACUGUUGGAAAAUUUCGCGCACUCCAAGGAACUCGAAUUAAGGGUAUUCGCUAAACAGUCUUUCUCAUAA